CGGAAGAAAGCGGAGGCGAGGGACGGACCAGGAAACCACCGCGCACACAGGCUGUUCUACAUCUUGUUUUCCACCCAUUCUUCUUCUUCUCCUUCUCCUUCUUCUUCUUCUGCGUCGUGGUCUUCUUCUUCUUCUUCUGCGCCAUCGCCUCUCCUGAGCGGAACCCAGCGUCAGUAAGUGCAGCCAACAUCUCUGAUCGUCGCCAGCCAUGGGUGUCGAGGGGGGAAUGAAAUGUGUGAAGUUUCUGCUUUUCUUCUUCAACUUCAUUUUCUGGGUAUGCGGCUUAGCUUUGAUCAUCCUGGGAAUCCUGGUCCAGGUGGCCGUCCACAACACUUUCAUGAUCCAUGAUGCGUCAGCCUCGGUAGCACCACUCGUUGUCAUCGGAGUCGGCGUGGUCAUUUUCUUCAUCGCCUUCUUCGGCUGCUGCGGUGCUUGGAAGGAGAACUACUGCAUGGUUACCACGUUCUCCGUACUUCUCCUUCUGAUCAUAAUUGUUGAGAUUGGAGCAGCCAUCGCCGGGUACAUCUUCAGGGGCAAAAUCUCAGACGUGGUCCAGGACACUCUCACAGAGAUGAUCACCAAUUACAACAACAGCACAGAUGAAUUCAGGGCGACGGUGGAUAAAAUGCAGAAGGAUUUAAAAUGCUGCGGCUUCAAUGGUUCUUCUGACUGGAAAAUCUUCAGCUCCAGCGGGAACUCGGUGCCCGACUCCUGCUGUGUGAAUGUCACUAAAAACUGUGGCGUCGGGACCAUGACGGAUGCCGGCAAAGUGCACCAGGAGGGUUGCCGUGAUGCUGUGGAGGAAGUGCUUCAGAAGAAUAUCCAGUGGGUUAUAGUUGCAGUUCUUGUCAUUGCGUUCCUGCAGAUAAUGGGUAUCGUGUUUUCCUGCAUGCUAAUGAGAGGCAUCCGCAGUGGCUACGAAGUCAUGUAAUUCAGCUCAUACUUACAGGCAGCGUCUGUUCAGCGCAUUUCGAUGGGAGCCUCGUGUAGACCCUUUGAAUAUUUACAUCUGAUACAAUGCACAGAACAAUAUAUUUUUCUUAAUACCUAUUUUUAAAAAUAAUUAUUGUCAUAAGCCAACAAUAUCACUAUUUAGAUAUACACUUGUAGGGGCUAAUUUGCUGGAUUUAGUUAGAGAUCGACCUUCAGUUUGUUUUUAAUGUGUAUUCUUGUUGGUUAGUAAUUCUUCAUGGCACCUCCCACUGAGCUUUUCCCCUUAAAGACUUUGGAUUUGUGAAAUAGUUUACUGCCAGUUUCCCCUCCUUUUAUUAAAAACUCUUUUAAAAUA